CCCUCAGGCACGCUCUCGUACAAAGGCGCCUCUCUCCGAACUCCCCCCCCUCUCUUGGGGCCGAGCUGGUGGUGGGGACGGCAGCUGGUCCACGAGCCCUCGCUCUGACUCCUCGACACAGAAGCCCGCCCUUUCCCGGCCUCAGCUCCUCCCCGCCGCAAGCAUGAUCCCCACCCGGCCUGUUAUAGCUCGUGAGGGGGCGGGCGCGCUGGAGAGUCGAGUAUUGGAGACUGUCUGAAAGGAAGGCGAGAAGAAAGGGGGUGAAAGGAAAGAGCUGCUUCAAGUUAGGCUCGCUAUAUGCAAUAGGUACGGCUUUGCCUGCGAGACCGGGAAGGUGGAAGAUCUUUAAUUUCUAUUUGAAUUACUACCACUUCAAUCAAGAUGCCCCCAGCAAUUGGAGGCCCCGUGGGAUACACCCCACCAGAAGGAGGGUGGGGCUGGGCAGUAGUUGUUGGUGCCUUUAUCUCUAUAGGCUUUUCCUAUGCAUUCCCCAAAUCCAUUACAGUAUUCUUUAAAGAGAUAGAAGUCAUAUUUGACGCAUCUAGCAGCAAAGUGUCCUGGAUCUCCUCCAUUAUGCUGGCAGUUAUGUAUGCAGGAGGUCCCAUUAGCAGUAUUCUCGUGAACAAAUAUGGCAGCCGGCCAGUCAUGAUUGCAGGUGGCUGCCUUUCAGGGUGUGGUUUGAUUGCUGCAUCGUUCUGUAAUACUGUAGAAGAGCUUUAUUUUUGUGUCGGGGUUGUAGGAGGCCUUGGACUGGCAUUUAAUUUAAACCCAGCCUUGACUAUGAUUGGCAAGUACUUCUACAAGAAGCGUCCGUUGGCUAAUGGACUAGCUAUGGCAGGCAGUCCUGUAUUUUUGUCUACUCUGGCUCCCCUGAAUCAGUAUUUCUACAGCAUUUUUGGGUGGAGAGGAAGCUUCUUAAUCCUUGGGGGCCUCUUGCUGAACUGCUGUGUUGCUGGAUCUCUAAUGAGACCAAUAGGUACCAAGCUGGAGCAGCAGAAGAAAGAAGUUAAUAAGGAAGCAUUGCAGGAGGCUGGUAAAACAGGGAGAAAAGAAGAAGGAGCAGGAGAUGUGAGCGCAGACCUUAUAGCUGGGAAGUCUAAAAAGCAGAAAAGCACAGUUUUUGAGACUAUUAACAAGUUCUUGGAUUUGUCUCUGUUCACACAUCGUGGCUUCUUGCUGUACCUGUUUGGCAACGUCGUCAUGUUUUUUGGACUGUUUACUCCAUUAGUCUUUCUCAGUAAUUAUGGGAAGAGUAUGCACUUCUCUAAAGAAUCUUCUGCCUUUCUGCUGUCAAUUCUAGCCUUUGUGGAUAUGGUUGCCAGGCCGUCCAUGGGCUUGGUAGCAAACACCAAGUGGGUGAGGCCCAGGAUCCAAUACUUCUUCGCUGUGUCUGUAAUCUAUAAUGGAGUGUGCCACCUUCUGGUCCCUUUAUCUACCACCUAUGCCGGCUUUUGCAUCUAUGCUGGCUUCUUUGGAUUUGCCUUUGGCUGGCUCAGCUCUGUCUUGUUUGAAACACUGAUGGAUCUGGUUGGGGCUCAACGGUUCUCCAGUGCUGUUGGUUUGGUGACUAUAGUGGAAUGUUGCCCUGUUCUUUUGGGACCACCUCUCCUAGGUAAACUCAAUGACAUUUAUGGUGACUACAAAUACACCUACUGGGCAUGUGGCAUCAUCCUAAUUGUCUCUGGGAUCUUCCUGUUUAUUGGAAUGGGCAUCAAUUACAGGUUGCUGGCAAAAGAGCAGAAGGCUGAGGACAAGCAGAGGGCUGAAGGGAAAGAAGAGGAAACCAACAUUGAUGAGGCUGAAAAACAAAAAGAGCCCAGCAAUGAUGUGGCCAAUCUUCCUCUGAAAAACAUAGAGGAUGCUGUAAAAGAGGAGGAUAGCCACAUGUGAGGGACUUUUCAUCAUGCCUUCCUGGAUUUAUCAACAUGAUAAAUUGUGUGUGGAUGGGUGGGGGAGCACUGUUGGUAGUGAACAGUGGUGCGAAGUGUAUAAAUCAGGUGAAUUUUUUUUAGAAAACAAAGCUACAAAUUGUCUUUAUCAGCAUUUGACAGGAGUAACAGAACUCAGUGGGCAGUGCCAUCUUUUUAUUGGGUACUGGGAAGGGAGGGAAAUUUUUAUACUCUGACUUCUUUUAACAGUAAUGUGAAUGUACUAUGUGCCUUAGAGCUUCCACAUUUAGGGUAUUCUGGAGCCUUAACCUGGUUCUACAAACUGUACCACUUACUGUUUUGUAGUUAGUCUCUAUCCAUUAAGGAUAUCUGACUUCUUUUUUUAUUCAGUAGGUUUCAAGGUUGGGUGUUAAAUCAACACUACUUCACAUGCUUCUAAAAUCUGUUGUGACCAGACUCUUGGUAGUAGUAUGCAUAUCUUUGGAGCAUAGGUGAUUAAUGGGUUGGUAGAUUUUUAAUAAAUAGUAUUGAAGUUCUAAUGUUUCUGGAUUCUGGUUCAUGCCAGUUUGGUUGUGUUUCUAACAAUUUUGAAAUCUCUUCUUAUUGUUGUGGGGUUUGUUUGUUAAAAAUCCCUUUCUGGUUAAAUGUUGAGGUCUCAAAAUUUGAAUAAAAUAUGCAAAGUUAUUUUCAUACAGUCUUUCACUUGACUUGUUAUGGAGUCAAGCCUACUUCUUAAUCAUCACAAGUUUACUGGUUGUCUUCAGCCUAGAAGAUUUUUGAAAUGAAAUGGGUAUUGGUGCAAGAGGAUGAGUUGAUUACUUUGGGUGUCUUGGACAUUGAGAGAACCUAUAUUUAACCCUUUUUCUUUAUAUGUUUGACUCAUGCAGUGCUUGAGCUUAGCUUUGGAAUAGGAAAGAUGAAUGAUGUCACCUCAAACACACUUGCUUGGAAGCAAGUCUGGUUGAAAUUGGUGCAGCUUGCACUUGAAGAAGCACAUCAUUGACACUCAUGCUGGUAUGGCAUCUCAUUGCCCCCUCCUAACUCCACCACUUCCAAAGGGAUUCAUUUUCAUGUUCCUCUAAGUAUUGAUCUGAUUGGGAGGGGGAUCUAGUGCCCUCUUUUGUAGAGAGUAGUGCCCAGAAAACAGUAUUAACGCUAGCUACACUAUCAGAGCAGAUACGUCUUUCUUACCUGUUCCAAGGAUAUAUUCUUUGAAGAACAGUAGGUGUACUCUAGAACUGAUCAGAGACUGAUACAUUACUUUUUCUUAGUUUCUUGUGCUUUCCAUUUUGGUUCCUUACUCCACAUGGGCUAAGAAUUUCAAAUGAUAUGUAGCUGCACAACUGUAAAGACACUUUAUUUGGUAAAGAUAGGAGAAUCCUUUGCAUGUAUUUAUUUAUUUUUAUUAGUGACAGCAAAAAUCACACUUUACGUGGCAGGAUAACAAAGAGCAGCUUGCAGGUCACAGACUAGUUGUACUGAAAAGUUAAUAAAUAAUUCUGCAAGACACUGAUUUGUUCAAAUAAACUCUUUUGUAUAAUUCCCCCAAAUGCUGAUGGUUCUCCCUGCUACUUUUAACUAAUUUUAUAGCAUAUCACUUUUCCUAGUGAUUCCAUGAGUAUAUUGAUUUCUGACUUGUGAGCCAUCUUGUUAGGAGAUAGAUGCAAAGGAUCCCUUUAACACGUAAAGUUCCACUAAGAGUGCAGUCCAUAUAUAUGUGCUUACUCAGAAGUAAGCCCUACUGAGUUUAAUGGGGCUUACUCCUGGGUAAGCAUAUAAAGGAUUUCAGCCCAAGACACCAGUAACACAAGUCAAUCUUGUAAAAACCAAGAAAAAAGAAUAAUACAGAAACACACUUUCUCUUGGAAUGUACCUGCUGCUUGCUUGUGUGAACUGUAUAUGUCAAUAUGACUGCUGAAGUGAAUGCUAGUACCUUGCUCGCAUACCUUUUUAAUAAGGCAAAAUUGUUACGAAUUCUAUAUCCUUAGACCAGAAACAGACAUUAUGGAAGAUAUGUGGCAAACAUUGAAAACAGCAAUGUCUCCUCAUCUGGUAAUGUCUAGUAAUACAAAAUUAUGCCAUUGGCCUCCUAGAUAAUUCCACCCAGCUCAGUUUCAUUGGUUGCUGCUUGCAAUUCUCAGAAAGUCCUUAACAUACUGACAUUGUUGCACAUUUUGCACUAUUAGGGAGGAAGAGAAGGUGUUGAACUUGUCUUUGGUGGGAGACACACAUCUUCUAAUGCCUUUUUCUGGUUUCAGUGUGUAAAGUGUGUUAUCAUCUUGCUGUGCUGCAGUUAUCUUUUUAGCAUAUGUAAAAAUUAAAAAUUUACUUUGUUGAGCCUGUUCUGGGAAUCUCAACCUGGCUUAAUAGGAGCCAAAUUGUUUAGCGGUGUCUCGAAGAUUACUUCUUUUCCUGUUCCAUUCCAAACAGCUGGUGUUGCAGUAUUAAUGGGUGUUCUUAAUGUUCUCAAAUUCUCUGGCUUGAUACAUUGCAGGAUGGCUCUCAGUACAAAGGCUUCUAAUCUUGAAAGCUGAGAUUCUGUUGGCUUCUUUCUUUCUCUAGGGCAGCCUUUCCCAACCAGUGUGCUUCUAGAUGUUGUUGGACCACAACUCCCAUCUUUCUUGACCAUUGGCAAUGCUGGCUGAGGCAGAUGGGAGUUGUGGUCCAACAACAUCUGGAGGCACACUGGUUGGGAAAGGCUGCUCUAGGGCAAUGUCUUUGGAUGAACAUCUGCACAGGAACUUCCUGUAUGUUGAUUGAGCACAUUAGUAAUAUGCCACAAGUACAGGAAACUUUGUGCCACCGAAAAGCAGGUUCAAUGUGGCACAUCAGUCCCUCCCACCAACAUUUCCAAUUACAUCUGCAGACUUUGUUUCCAGUGUUCUUAUCCUGUGAUUGCCUCAAGUUGUUACAUGCAGGACCCUGCAGGUCCUUCUAGAUGAAUAGCACAGACUUGUGUUUCUCUUUUUAGGAAAAUAAUAGCGAGAAAUACAAUUGCAAACCUUCAGCACCAGAAUGUCCAGGAUGCAUAUUGGUGGUUUUCUAAUAUGAGUGUUGAAAUUCAUUGUUCAGUACAACUUAACAAUUUAUCACUCUCCACAAAAAGUUCAUACAGAUACAUCCUUAAAUACUAAUCUUAACAUUAUGCUCUAGCAGAGGUGGCGAACUUGUGGUCUUCCAGAUGUUGAUGGACUCCAAUUCCCCUCAGUAUUCACCAGCAUGGCUAGUGGUUGGAGAUAAUGGAAGUUGUAGUCCAAUAAUACCUGAAGGGUCACAGGUUAGCCACUCCCACUAGCUUUCCCCCUCUUGCUAAUGCCAAUAUCUCUCCUUAAAGAUUAGGAAAUUGAUGAACAAGUUUAAGAUAUCUGAUUUUUCUUUAGUGUGUAUCCUGAAGAUUUUUACUGAAGGUAAACUACUGCUCUGUUAAGUGCUUGCCUUGUUUGAAACUUAUACUGAAGAGAGAAUUCUAUCAAUUUUGUGGAAACUCAAGGAUGCUUUCUUAGAAUACUGUGCAAAUAGUAGAGCUAAUAACUGUCCCAUUCUUUUAGUUUAUGCAAAUAAAGCUGAACAAAUUGACUGUGUAGUUUUCAUUCACUCACUCAACUAUGUAGAUUCUGACAAGUGAGCUUCCCUUUAUUUUUUAAACAGUUUGUGGAACUCUCUUUCCAGUAUUACACAAUGCACUGUGAAAUCCUCUUCUGUUGUCUUGGCUGCUUAGUUUAUUGGAUUUUUUUAAAAAUGUAAUUGCAUUCUGUUCUAGAAUUGUACAAAAAGGAACAGGUCAGGGUAUUUUCAUACUUUAGUUUAUGUUUGUUUAUAAAGCCAACAGAGUAUUUUAUAUAAACAGAUUUUAUUGUACUGUUUUGAACUGUGACAUUGUAAACACAAGUUAUAUGUUCAGAAGUUCCAUGUGUCAAGAGUUCAUAAUAAACUGGCUCAUAAUGCAAUAAACUAACAAUGAAACCUUU